UCUGCAGUGAAGCGACAGCCAGGGAGGGCAGCAAUGGAGGAGCCAGCAGUGCAGCAAGAAAAAAUAGAGAAAUCACAGGAACAGGGGGAGGAUAGAAGAAAGGCAGAUUGGAAAAAUGAAUGCUCUUUCUCGAAUUUGCUUAAGCAUUCUUGCUUUAUAUGUUGGUCAUCUCCUGGAGACACAGAUGUCAUAGAAAUGGAUGACCGAGUCCUGGCCAAGGCAGCCGAGAUCAGAGUAAGACCGCAGCACCUGCCUCUGGAGCUGGAAAAUGCAUUAGCAGUGGAGAACAUGGAACUUCAGGAGCAGCAAUCAGACUGUAGGGACUUAGAAGAGACCAUGGUGAAAUUUGAGAAACACAAAGAGAAAUUGAUCCAGCAGAUAAAGGCAACCAGACAGCUCUGCUAUGAAGAAAGUCAAAAGAUACUAUCCUUGCAAGCAGAAGAAGCACAAAAUGAGAGCCAGGUGGAGGAGUAUGAAAGAGAACUUGCCCGAGCUCGGUGGAGGCUGAAAAAGCUCAGAGAGGAGGUGAAGAGAGCAAAAAGGAAGGUGGAGGAGGCUCGAGAGAGAGACACUCCCCUCCAAGACUCCAUCAGACAGUCUUAUGAAGAGAUCCUACAGGAAGAGCACACUCUGUGUUCUUUGUCAGGAGGUGGAGUGACACCUGACAGCCAGCUUGAGGAAUCUGCAUCCCCUGCAGACACAACUGAAGAUGAUCCUCUUCCUAUGAAGCCGUGGGGAAGAAGCCAAUCACUGCCUGCUUAUGCUGACCUAAUAAUGGGGGCUGGCGAUUUAUCUUUCUGUAAUAAUCUAGCAGGUACCAGAGAGGAUGAUGAAAGUGGGAGCAGCUCUACAAAGGAAAUGGAUAGAUCAGACAUGGAAGAAGAUCCAGACAAUGACAAGAGCCACAAUGAAAGGAAUAAUGAGAUGGAAGAAGCUCCUACUCUUAACCCAACCCCGCUAAAUCAGCUGGACUUCUACCAAGUCAACCUGUUUACUUACUGUCAGACAGACAAUGAUCUCUUCAAUGAGGACCUGUUUUCUAAAACAGACUCAUCUGAUGGUUUUGCCUCCGACCCUUUCAAAGGCAGUGAUCCUUUUGCAAAAGAUAUUUUCUUUCCCAGUGCUAAUGACGAGUUGGAAAAUGAGGCAGACACCAGUUUGUCAUGUGCGGAAAACAAAGCUUCAACAGGAACUCAGUGCUUUGAAUCUGAAUUCCCAGAUGAAGAUAGUGACAUAGAAAUCAGCUACAGCAGAGAAGACUUGGAUGUCAUUGCUGUUGUAGAUGAUUCCAGUGGAUUUAAACCCAUUCAGAGCUCAUCAGAAGAGUUCAUGCCAGAACCAACCCUGGAGAGGAAGUGUCCAGGUCAGCAUUCCAUAGAAUCAGACCCGAGUGGGUAUGAGCUGGAUCUCUGUCCUGUCUCUUCACCCUCUAAAAUAGAGUACCACAAUGAAUUUCUAGCUGAGGAGGCUACCACUGAGGACACGGAAGGACCACAAGGUCCCAGUUGUGUUUCAACUCAGGCUGUCUGUCAUCGUCACAGUGGCAAAUUGAUGUUCGAAUCCAAAUGGAUAAGUGACAUAAAGCAAACUGAUCCUCAAGAUUUACCUUCCAGUGAGGUAACAGAAGGGGUAGAAAACACUACAGAGAAACCCAGAAAGGCAGAAUACCCCCACAAUCCAAUGGACUCUCAGAAACAAGAUGUUAUUAAAUCUGACUCUCAUCAAACCGAUUUAGAUUUAAGCUAUAAUUCAGCCAGUCCAUCUUGUUUCGACCCUUAUGGGUUUAAACUCAGUCCAGAGAACUCUAGUCGCACUCUAGUAGAUCCUGAUGAAGCUGAGCUUAGCCCAGAACAUGCAGCAAAUAUUAUCUUUGAUGGUGAUCCCUCGUCGUCUUCACCUUAUGGGCAAAAUUUUGAUCCCUAUGGGUUUGACAUCUCUGCCUGUCAAGUUGUGUGUGACUCUGACCCUUAUGGCUUUAAACUCAGUCCUGAUGAAGAGAACCAGGUGGUUUUAGACCUCUGUGGCAAUGAUGACCUGGAAGUAACUUAUGAAAACAAUGAAGAAUUGGAGAACUUCAACUAUGCCAACCAGGAAGUACUGAAUGCUCAGACAUAUGAAAAUCGAGAGGUCCUUGAAGAGUGUGACUACAAUUUUCAGAAAGUCAUAAAUUAUAGAAGCACUGGAAACCAGGAAGUGUUAGAGCCACCUAGUUCAUUCAACAAGCAGCUGGUUACCCAUGAAAAAAGGGAACUUGUGGAUACCAGUUCUCAUGAAAAUCAGGAGGUGGUGGAGACCUGUCCAAAUAUCAACAAGGACAAUUUACCUGAGCCUUUUAAUUACAAUAAUCAAGAGGUGCUGGAAAGAGACAUCAGUGGCAAUCAGGAACUACAAGAAUUUUCAUAUCCUGAAAACCAGGAAGUUUUGGAUUUAGAUAGUCACGAAAAUCAAGAGCUUCUGACUUUUUAUGACCCAGAAAAUCAGGCAGUACUUGUCUCAGAUUGCCAUCAUAACAAGGAACCCCAGAAUCUCACAAUUACUGAAAAUCGGGAAUUACUAGAUUUACAUAGCCAUGACAACCAAGAGAUACCCGACAUGUACAGUCAUGAAAAAGUAGCCAACGUAAAAGGAGAUCAAGGCAUUGUUGAACCAGAACUCAAUCUCAGUUUUUCCAGUAACAGCUCAGACAGUGAUCUAGAAUCAAACAACAUUCAAAGAUUGGAACUUGGCCGCACAGAUGUCUCUUCUACCAACACCGCCAAUAUUGCUACAACUGACACACUUAACAAGACCAUCAGCAGAAUUUCAGCCAAACAUGACUCAACUAUUUCCGAUUCCCCAAACAGUCAAAAUUUUUUUGGAGCUGAUCUGGGAUCAGUAUUUGGUGCUGGAGGAUAUAUUGGUUGUCCUGAUGUAGCUGAUGAUUUGGAACCACUGAAAAGAAGCCAAGACAAACCAAAAUCAGCUCCAGAUCCAGUACGCUCUCAAAGACCUGUAAGGCCUCCAAGACCAUCUCUCAAGAACAAGGAGAAGGCCACAUCCCAGGGUAUUGACUUGAAGUGAGCUCUGCUAUGUCUGCACUGUCUUCUGACAAAGGCAAUAAAUUUCUGUUUUCCUGUAAAAGAAAACAGAAUGGAGAUUAAAUUAAAAAUAGGUUGCCAAACAGAAAAUAUUAAUGAAAAAAAUGUAGCAUUAUAUAGAAAGUAAAAAUACAUUAUUGUGGAGUUACAUGUCUCCAUGCCACUUGUCAUCCAGAAAUCGGAGUUAUUCAGGUGGAAAAUACGUAAAAGUACUGGACCAGUUGACUGUGAAUACAUUAUUUGUGGGAAAUGUAUACCAUUCCAGAGAGACACCAGAGAUGUAUAUAUAUAUAUAUAUAUAUAUAUAUAUAUAUAUAUAUAUAUAUAUAUAUAUAUAUAUAUAUAUAUAUACACAUUACUAGAUGAAUUAAUUAACUCUGAAAUUGUGACUUGGAGAAUAAUUGUAGAUUAGGCUAAAAGAGUCAUAGAAUGUGGUCAGAGCAUGGAGGAGCCUCCAUUGACCAGUCACUCCAUAUUGUGUAGUUUUAAAUGUGAUCCUCACCCUGAUUCAGCCUCAGUCAUUGCUUUGCAUGAAAAUUUACUCUAUUAAAUCCUGGACCGCACAGCUGUUAAAACACACCUCAAUAUCCCUAUACAUGUUGCUCCAGAGCUUAAGUUUAAGUGUUUUUUUUUAUGGGGAAAUUUUUCUGCCAUAAUCCAAGAGCAGACAUUUUCAGUCUGAAAGUAGGAUUUCAUGUUUUUUGGUCUCAAAACAAAAUACAUUUUUAUUUUGAAAGUGGGACUUAAAGUCAUUCUUCUCAAAACUUGUAAUGAUUGUACUCAAAAUUUCUCCUCCACACUUAGUCUCUGCUCGGACUCUCUGCUCACUUAAGAACCUGUAACUGCCUUUUGGCACAGUCACCUGGCAACCUCUCACCCAAUAGAACAAAAGUGUUAUACUGGGUGUGUUUGUUUCCUUCUAGUGGGUGUGCCUGUGUGACUACUAUGGAUUGUACCAACCUGCGCCACCCACUGGAUGUAGGAAGAAACAAUGGCGUCAGCUUUCUGCUCCGUAGUACACUAAACAUCUGCUAGCAGUGUGCUACUGAUCGCUAACAUCUACUGAUUUUAGCCAGGACUUUGUUCACCCAGCCAAAGACAGCACAGUCAUGACAUGAUAUCUGUCUGUCUGUCUGUAUAGAUAAAUAGAUAUAAUCAUAUAUAGUGAUAUCUAUCUAUGUAGAUAGAUAAAUCUAGAUACAUAGAUAUAUCUACAUCUAGAUAUAUCUAUCUCUCUAUAUAUAAUCUAUAGAUACAUAUAUAUCUAUACAUGGACAUGAAUACACAGACACCUCAUCGAGCUGGUUGGCCCGUUGCUGCAAUACGUCACAGCUUCCGCCAUAUUGAAUGUGGCCUAUCUGCUGGUAAGCUAAUACAAGUAAAUGGACUGAAUUUCACAAAGUGCUGUUCUACAAAGUAUAUUAAGUUAAUACCUGUCAUUUUCACAUUCUCUCACACACACUAAUUUAUUUGGUAAUCAAAUGAACCACUAAAGACAGCGUUUCUAGCUUUUGAUGUGGUUAUUUAAUUGUUUUGGGGGAUUUCUUAAUAAAGAGCACAAUGCUUUUAUUUGAUAGGAAUUAUUUGAUAGUUUUUAUAUUGACAUUGAUGAACAGACACAUACGUUUACAGUGUUUUAUUCAAGAACAUAUUUAAAUGAUUCCAUAAUUUAAUGUACAUUUAACGUUUCAAGAUAUGAAGAAAGACAUGUAAUUUCCUUUUAUCUUUUUGAUAUUUUAUUGUAAAGACAAUAAACCUUGAUAAAGCAGUCAU